CCAAUCGCUGAAUCUUGCCGCCCAACGGGAACGUCUCCCGAUUCGGCAGUACCGGGACCAGAUCCUCUACUGUCUCGAACGCUACCAGACGCUGGUGUUGGUUGGCGAGACCGGCUCCGGAAAGAGCACACAAGUACCCCAGACUGUAACCGUACCACUAGUGGCGUAAAGAACAGUUCACUCCAAACCCAAAAUAGAACCCUGAUUGACAAAAAAGUUAGUACGAUUGUACCUUGGUCGAGCGAGGGAGUUACGUGUGAUAGAAUCCCCCGGAAGCGGAACUAGAAGUUGUGAACGUUAUACAAUAAUCAUAGGCUGAAACACCUGUCCAGCGCACAAAAAAAAGUGUUCUAGAACAAAACGACUACAAGUGUCUUCUUUCAACGCUCUUCAACUAUAUCUGUCCUUUAGUGUUGUGAUCCCGAGCUAACGACAAUCUAGCCGAGCCGCAAACAUGGUCGGCCCAAGUUCACAAAUUAGCAAACUUUUGCUGACGCUACUGUUCCUUAUGAUAAUAUUCUUCAUAUGGAUGGACGUGAAUUUAUACAUUCGAAUCCAGGACUAUCCGAUUCGUGACAACGAAAUCCGUCUGCUGAAUGGAAGUACCGUUUUAAAGCCCACAAUGCCAGCAUCUUCGCCUUACGCAACUUCAUCGAUUCCAUUCCGAUUGCCAGAUCAGGCGGCCGCUCGAUAUGAAGAUGUGGCGUGGGUUUCUUGCGAUCUGAAUCCCUUGUGCGACGUGACGGUUAAAGCGAUGAUGUUGGACCACACCAACCAUUAUCUGUUUGCCCCUAUGGCAACGAUUGCCGAUAACUUGGCCGGUUUUUCCAAAGGAGAUCUGAUAACACCCAAUAUGAUCUCAUUUUUCCACGUAUUUGUGGCCAUAGCAGCAGGAAAAAUGAUAGCCUCGGAUUCACUGGGCUAUCGUAGGAUAGGAGUGGUGCUGUUCCAGUUCCGGACGUUCCUCGAUGAUCUGGAUGGGCAUGUGGCACGGGCUAAGAAAAACAUUCGGGGAGAACGAUCGGACAUAGGAUCGUCCGGAUAUUAUAUCGAUGGUAUAUGCGAUGGACUCGGCUGCAUAGCACUGAUGAUUGGAGUUUUCGUAUUCCUGAAAAAUAAUCCCCCUCGACGCGGGUACACUCAGCUACAGUCCAUAAUUCCGGUGGCUGAAUCUAAGAAUUCCGAAUCUGGUGUGAUCUACAAAGUUAAAGUGACAACCAAAAAAGUGGUUCGCAAAGUUCUCUGCUACAGUGGCAUUCUUCUGCUCAGUUCCACUGGCUGGAAUCGUUAUAUCGCCAUCUACCAGGAUAUGUUGGAGCGUGAAGACGUAACGCCACUUCAGUUCCUGCAUCAGGAGUCCGUAUUCCGUUCGACCGGCUUCUUUUGCAUUUGUUGGCUGUGGCGGAUAUUCAACGUGCAUGCGCUGCUUCAUUUCCUGCUGCUGAGCGUCUUCUGUGAUAAACUGUGGGAAUACCUGCGAAUGAUUCAGUACGCCGGAUAUGUGUCCCUGCUGGUCAUCAUAAGCGUGGCCGAGAUGCAUCUACUGGGGGUGCAAAAUUUUAUCUACAAGUCGUUGACCGGUAACAAUACGUCGUUGUGAUUAAACUAAGAAAAAAGCGGACAAACCCGCUUAACUGAGAUAACCCAUCGUCCCACUUUAAAUGCUGUUUUAGCUCCGUUAUGCAGUCUUGUGUAUUGGCGCUGCUUGAUUUUGUUUUUCUCAAACGCAUUUUAAUUCCAGUUUCAUGAAUUUAUCAAACAUGGAACCGUUCUAAUUGACGUAAAUUGUUUCCAUCGCAAUUCCUUUUGAAAUUUUCGGCCAUACAUUGAUUCAAUAAACUGCAAUUUACUGACAAAAACCAGUAGAAAUCAGUUUCUAUUUGGUAUUGAAUCAACAUCUAGUUUCCAAAAUAAAUCAAUAAAUGCUUUAGAACGUUUUCAUCAUUCAAUAUUUUAAAGUUCCAACAUCAUAAAUUCAUGUUGACUGGAGAUCUCACUAACAGGGGAAAAUUUAUAAAAUGGAAACAAAACAAGCAGCUCCAGAAGAUUCGUGUUAUGACCUUAUACAAUUAAUUUGUUACUCUCAAUCCAACGUUUACGUUCUAAAAUCUAGGUUCCACCAGUGAAAAGUUUAGUUUGAAAACAGCACUCCCAUUAAAUUCUGUCAGAUGUGUAAGCAUUCGCCGUCAAACGGUUCGAUUUGAACAGUGGUACAAUAAGAAAUACAUACACUCUAGGUUUGUUGGCUACUGGGCGAUGUUUAAAAUAAAUAAUGCAGUACUAUGGGUUCACUAAAUUGUUUCUAAUCAGGUCUUAAAGAAAAUUAAGGUAAUGGUUUUUCAAAUAAGAAGAGUACUACAUUAUUUAUUUUACAACUCUCCAAAUCAGUUUCGAUUAGAGAUUAUUCUGAACCAGUUAGCAAUAGUAAAUCUAGGAUGAGCUAUUUUUUUUAAACCGUUCCAAGACAGCUGGCUGAACACUGAUUAUAAAAUUGGUUUAGACUAUGAUUAUGAAAAUGCCUUAACUGACUCACGAAAUAGCAGAAAUAAUUCUAGUGACAGCAACACAUCAUUAGUACUCUUGUCGAUCUUAUGAAAGACGAGCAAAUUUAAGAAAGCUGUAGAUUAUAUUUUUUCCUUCCUUAGAGAUGAGGUUUUGGGUACCUGACGAUCUUUUUUAUACUAGAUUAUUUUUCAAAAUGAACAGUGAUCAGUGAGUGAAUAAUCUCAUAACCUGUUUCCACUAGAAAUUGAUAUGAUUUCACAACAAUGUUCACGUUAGCAAAGUACAGUCUUGACUGAAAAAAAAUUUGAAAAAUUAUAUCGAUCAUCUUACCAAUAAAUUUCGGGUGUUCAUAUGUUUUCUCGAAAUUUAAAUCGACUUUUGUAUACAUGCAUACCCACACAUCAUCUUACAUACCGCAGGUCACUCAGAGCCUCAAAGUUUUAUUUUAAUUUAGUUUUAAAAUCUCCCUAAUAGACACUUUUGUUGGAAGCUUCGGAGAUAAGAUUGUAUCCGGGGAAAGAGGCCACUAGCUUUGAGAUAAAAGAUUGUGUUGAACACAAUUGAACAAUUCUUAUCAUUUUUACUCCCUUUCUAUAUUCCUAGAUUUUAAAUGCAUACUAUGCAAGAUGUGAAAUAGCUCUAUAUUUAACAACUAUAUAGUAUAUACUGCAGUAAUUUUACGAAGAAAGUAAAACAGAAAAAAAUUACAAUAAGUGUCGUGUGUAUUCACGAUUGAAGAUGGCAUCAUUUAUGUUUGUUAGGAGUUAAACUAUGGCGAGCCAGGGGAAGAUAGAGCAUAAUAUCAGAAAGAGAACUAUUGAAAUGUUAAUGAAGAGAUAAGUAUAACAGAGAAGACGCGAUUUAUAUACUAACACGUAAUGUAAGUACAGUAAAUGUAGCAGAUAUUUGACUUUUGUGAAGCAUCCGAAGAGGAAUUAUAGCUUCGGAUAUAUUAUUGAAUUCUGAAGUGCUAACACUAUAAGCAGAAGACGAAUAAAUGUGUAUAUGUGCCGUUAA